UUUGGCCGGUGCAGGGGACUAAUGCCCUCUCCGGUCCCAGCUCCGGUAACAGGCGGACAGCGCAAGCUGUUCUUCUUAGGGCGUAGUGACCUUGCUGCGGACGAUGCCGGCUUUGAGACAGCCGCCUAUGGAAACAAGGUGUGCAAAACACCCCAUCUGGAUCACCUGGCGUCACAAAGUGUGAUAUUCGACAACGCUUUCACUUCUGUCAGCAGCUGCUCGCCAAGCCGCUCGGCGAUCCUGUCUGGGCUGCCGUCGCACCAGAACGGCAUGUACGGCCUGCACCAGUCCGUACAUCACUUCAACUCGUUCGACGGGCUGCUGAGUCUGCCGGCGCUGCUGCGCGCUCACGGCCUGACGACGGGUAUCGUGGGAAAGAAGCACGUGGGCCCUGGUUGGGUGUACCCGUUCGACUUCUCGUACACUGAAGAAGACGGCCACUCAAUCCUUCAGGUGGGACGUAACAUCUCCAGGAUCCGGCAGCUAGUCAGGAGGUUCUUCACCACUGCUGUGGAUAGCCGGCCCUGGUUCCUGUACGUGGGCUUCCACGACCCGCACCGGUGCGGCCACACACACCCGGAGCUGGGGCAGUUCUGCGAGCGGUUCGGUGCCGACGGCGGCAUCCCCGACUGGACGCCCGCCUGGUACAGCGCCGACUCCGUGGAGGUGCCGUACAAUGUGCAGGACACGCCUGCAGCCCGCGCCGAUAUCGCCGCCCAGUACACCACCAUAUCGCGACUGGACCAGGGCGUCGGUCUGGUGCUGGCCGAGGUGGCCCGGGCCGGCUACAGCGACAGCACGCUGGUCGUCUACACGUCCGACAACGGCGCCCCGUUCCCUGCCGGCCGCACCAACCUGUACGAGCCCGGUCUGCGCGAGCCCCUGCUGCUGCGGGUGCCGGGCGAGCGCGGCGGCCGCCGGCUCGGCACGCCCGUCUCGCUGCUGGACUUGGUGCCGACCGCGCUCGACUGGCUGGACCUCGCCUACCCCAGCUACCACCUCAAUAACCGCUCGGCCGCCGUCAGGCUCACCGGGCGCAGCCUGCUGCCGCUGGCGCGCAAAGGGGUCAAAGUUGAGAGGAGUAUAUUCGCCAGCCAGACGUUCCAUGAGGUAACCAUGACCUACCCAAUGAGAGUGGUGCGUGACUCACACACCAAGCUGAUCCACAACCUCAACUACCGCCUGCCGUUCCCGAUUGACCAGGAUUUCUACUUAUCCCCUACGUUCCAGGACCUGCUGAAUCGGACCCUGUCCGGUGAGAAGCUGCCUUGGUACAAGACGCUUCAUGGCUAUUACCACAGGCCAGAAUGGGAGCUGUACGAUCUGAAGCGGGACCCAUGGGAGCUGAACAACGUGGCGUCCAAGACAUCGUACCAGGCCACGUUCGCGCGUCUGCGCCGGCAGCUGGAGGCGUGGCAGUGGCGCACUGACGACCCCUGGGUCUGCGCUCCGCACGGCGUGCUGCAGAACGCAGGUCCGCACCGGCGCCAGCCGCUCUGCAUGGCCCUGCACGACGAGCUGUGA